AUUGUAUAACAAUUAUUGUACAUGCAAAUGUACCAUAUUUGUACUAUAUGUACCAUCGGGUCAGUAGAAGCGGCAGCAGCAUCUGCAGGUUUUGUAACUUCCAGAUAAAUUACUUUUUUCACAUGUUUUUUUGAGUGCAUUAACUUUCACACUUUUUGUCAGAUUGCCGGAAAAAAAUGCAUGGGCAGCACUGGCCGGCUGCCAUGGCAACAAUUGGAAAAUGCAAACAAUAUGUUUCUAUGUCAUGCGUUUACCACAGUUUUUGUACAAGUUGCAUGCGAAAAUGCAGAGGAUGUUUGAGAAGGGCAACGAAAAUAGCUUAAGUGCAGCUGGCAGCAUACAGGAGAUCGCCGGUCGCUUGGCGGAGGAGCAGGAACGCCUGCGCCAAGUGGAGGCAGCCAUCACUGCGCCCAAGGAGCGCACAUUGUUCGUUCUGGGCAGCAAAGGUGUGGGCAAAUCGACGGCUAUAAACAAGUUUUUUGACCGGGAUGAGCACACGACGCGCCCGACGGUGGCCCUGGAAUACAGUUAUGGUCGCCGCACGGGCACCGGCAGAUCCCCCCAGGUGCUGAACGUGUGGGAGCUGGGAUCACUGGACAACGCGGAACAGCUGCUGGAGGUGCCCAUGCGCACACAUGGACUGCAGCAGCUGUCCGUCUUCGUCGUAAUCGAUCUGUCCCAGCCGCAGCGUGUCUGGGCGGACCUGGAGUGCGCCUAUAAGGGACUGCGGGAUACGGCCCAGCGGCUGAUGCAGCUGGCAGCGCCACAGCUGCGUGAGGAUAUGGAGCGACGCUCCUUGGAACGUGUGAAGCACGUCAAACAGGACUUGGGCACACUGGACUUGCUGCCCUUUCCCGUUGUGCUCGUGGGCGGCAAAUACGACGUCUUCAUGGACUUCGAGCCGGCCCUGAAGAAGCACAUUUGUCGCUGCCUCCGCUCCAUGGCGCAUCUUGUCGGGGGCGCCGUGUUGUUCUAUUCCCAGAGUGUGCCAAAACUGGCCAAGGUGCUUCGAGACACCAUCAGCCAUCUGGGCUUUGGCAGUCCCACCAAUCCGUUUCGCGCACAUGUCACCGACUACAAUGAAGCCCUCUCCAUUUGGUUCGGCACGGAUAGUUGGAGCCAGAUCGGCAUUGGAGAGUCUGAUCGCUUGAGUGUGGAGCGCAUUGGCGCGACAUUGAGCUUGGAGGUGCCACAAUUGCAGCUGGAGAAACAGAAGCAGGAAUUGCCACAGGAUCCGGCCAGAGAUGUCGGCUUUAGAGAAUCGCUAAUCGAUGAUAUGCGUGCACACAAGGACGAGGAGCUAGCCGCCAUUAUGAGGGAUCUGACACUACGCGGAAAAUUUGAAAGUGUGCACAGCUAA